AUGCCCCUUGGUCUUCUUGCUACUGGCACCCUUUCUGGCGCCGCAACGCUCGACUGGGCCGCCGCAACUGAGAAAGCGAACGCGGCUCUGGCAAAGCUGUCCCAGAACGAUAAGGUCAAUAUCGUCACCGGCGUAGGCUGGAAUAAAGGACCCUGUGUUGGCAACACAGCAGCAAUCGGCUCAAUCCAAUACCCCCAAUUGUGUUUGCAGGAUGGCCCUGUGGGUGUUCGUUACGGCUCCUCCGUGAACGCCUUCGUCCCAGGAAUCCAGGCGGCCUCGACCUGGGACCGCGCCCUGAUUAGAGAGCGUGGCCAAUUCAUGGCCGAAGAGGCAAAGGGGUGCGGAGUUCACGUGCUGUUAGGGCCAGUUGCCGGUCCUCUCGGCAAGAUCCCGCAGGGUGGACGGAAUUGGGAGGGCUUUGGUGCUGACCCCUACCUGCAAGGCAUCGCCAUGGCAGAAACCAUCGAGGGUAUGCAGAAUGCCGGUGUCCAGGCUAACGCGAAACACUACCUGCUUAACGAGCAGGAGCUUAACCGAGAGACGAUGAGUUCGAAUGUCGCUGACCGAACCAUCCACGAACUGUAUCUUUGGCCUUUCGCGGAUGCUGUCCAUGCGAAUGCGGCAUCUGUCAUGUGUUCCUACAACAAGAUUAACGGAACCUGGGCAUGCGAGAACCCUCGCAUCCUUAAUACUCUCCUAAAGAAUGAGCUAGGUUUCAAAGGAUACGUCAUGACAGACUGGAACGCGCAGCAUUCUACGGCAUCCUCUGCCACGGCGGGAUUGGACAUGUCCAUGCCCGGCACAGAUUUCAAUGGCGGGAAUAUCUACUGGGGUUCGACAUUAACCCAAGCUGUGAGCAGCGGGCAGGUGCCACAAUCGCGUCUCGACGACAUGGUCCGCCGUAUUCUGGCAGCUUGGUAUCUAGUAGGCCAGGACAACAGUUAUCCCUCUAUCAAUCUAAGGGCCAACGUCCAGGGUACGCAUAAGACAAACAUCCGGGCUACCGCCAGGGACGGAAUCGUGCUCUUGAAGAACGAAGGUAACGUCCUCCCACUUCGGAAGCCUUCGAAGCUCGGCCUAGUCGGGUCCGCCGCCGUCGUUAACCCUCAGGGUAUCAACUCUUGCACGGACCACGGCUGCAACUCUGGUGCCCUCGGAAUGGGCUGGGGUUCUGGGACCGCUCCUUACCCAUAUUUCAGCGCGCCAGCCGACGCUAUUAGAGCCCGGGCCCAAACCGAAGGGACACAGAUCAGUCUGUCCGCGUCAGACAACGUCGGCUCCGUCGGCUCCGUAGUAAACGGUGCCGAUGCGGCCAUCGUUUUCAUCACCUCGGAUAGCGGCGAAGGGUAUAUUACGGUAGAGGGCCAUGCGGGUGACCGCAACCAUCUAGACCCUUGGCAUGGUGGCAACGAGCUUGUCAGGGCCGUUGCGGCGGCCCACGAGAACGUAAUUGUCGUGGUACACUCCGUCGGGCCGGUAAUUCUCGAAAAGAUCCUCGCUGAGCCUAACGUCAAAGCCAUCGUGUGGGCCGGCCUGCCCUCCCAAGAGAAUGGCAACGCUCUGGUAGACAUCCUUUACGGCGACACAACCCCUUCCGGAAAGUUACCGUACACGAUCGCUAAGUCUGCCGACGAUUACGGCACUAGCCCUUCGAGGGGAGAUGACGACUUCCGAGAGGGUCUAUUUGUUGAUUAUCGCAAGUUUGAUCGCGACGGCAUCGAGCCGCGGUACGAGUUCGGCUUCGGAUUGUCCUACACCAACUUCACUUACUCUAAUAUCUUUGUCGACGGGCGGCCGACGUCGGGGCCCGCGACGGGAAAUAUCAUCCCGGGAGGACGCGCGGACCUUUGGGAGAUCGUAGCGAGCGUGACGGUCACCAUUACCAACUCGGGCGGCGUGAAAGGUGCAGAAGUAGCACAGUUAUAUGUGGGGUUCCCGACGUCCGCAGGCACGCCGCCGAAGCAGCUUCGCGGCUUUGGGAAGCUGGUUCUGGAGCCCGGGGCCGAAGACAUCAUAACCUUCGACAUCAGGAGGCGGGACUUGAGUAUCUGGGACACAGCCAAGCAAGAAUGGGUGGUUCCCUCCGGCACUUUCAGGAUCAGCGUCGGCGCGAGCAGUCGCGAUAUUCGACAAGCAGGCACCCUCGAAGUGCCCUAA